CCCACGACAUAUGCCAUGAUAGCAAAACUUAGUUCGUACUUGCACGGAUUUCCAAAACAAACAAUCCAUCCAAUAAAGUCUAAAUAUUUACACACUCUCUUUGUAAUUAAAUGUUCUGUGCCCCAUAUUAAGCAAGAGCCGAUAACGUGCUAUCAAUCUCGAGGUGUGACAUUCGUUCCGGGGAUCACCGAUAACCCCAGUACUAACAUUGGUGUUGUGUGUGCCACUCACCUUCUGGUGGAUUCUUCACUCACACUCCCUCCAACACACGAGUGCCUGGCCGCUUACACGUAUGUUCACAGGAUGCUCCCGGCGUACAGCAACAACGCCUACCAGUCGGACGAGGACCCCCAUGAGCGCCACCGCAAGGACGACAGGUAUCAGAAUCCUCACGGGCGGAGGGUCUAUGAGGGAGACCGCCGUCAGAGGAGCAGACGGCGGGAGGAUUACUUCGAGGAGAGGGAAGGUCGAGGGAUUCCUAGGGAACGGGAAUCCCAAGCCAGGGGGUGGGAGGCGCCUCAGAGAAGAGAAGGCGUGGUAAUGCCUCACCGGGACCGAAAUGCUUUGGGAGGAGUGAGGUAUGACGCAAUACGCGGAGAAACACACGGAAGUCGGCACCAAAGGGAACGGGAUGAAGUUAGUGAAAGAUUUCAGCAAUAUCGGGGUUCUGAUCGCAGCCAAGCAGACAGGGAGAGAGGCCGGGAUCAAGAAGGAAACCAAGAAUUCGAGAUGCAGGAGACGAGACACAGGCCUUACAGUGCGGGUCGCGAGUCGAGAGAGCGCGAUGGGAAGGCAGCUGUGAGGAGGCGGGAGACUCCUCGACGAGACUUUUCCGUCGCGAUUGAUGAUGUUGAUGGUGGAUAUGAAGCCCAAGGUGGCUGGAGGUCGAGUCAUCAAUCUCACCCUCGUGCUUUCAGGGAGUCUGACGCCGUCGAUUCAAGGUAUGCUGACAAUCAGCACGACCACGAAUACCAAGAUGGCGGUCACGACGGGGGAGAGGGUGAUGGCCGGGCGGAGCUUCAGAACAUGCUCCCCUCUCAGCUGGACCAAAAUAAAGGAACUCUGCCCUUUCGGAGAUCACUCGGAAGAGGGACCCUCAGGAGACGGUCCACGAUCCGAAGGGAAACUAAAGAUAAUGAAAACCAGCCCACAACAGAAGAGGAAAUUCUGGAAGUGUUGCGCACACUCCGAGAGCAGUCUUGGUACAUGGCCACUCGCAGGAAGCGCCGAACGGAAUCUCUGAGAAUCCUGGAACAAAAAUACAAGAAGUGGUAUUCUGCUCGUCCAGUCACUUCCUUAGUCAUGCAGGGAAGCAGCACCGUCAGCAACAUCAUGCAGACUUUAAGUCCGUGGGGCGGAAUUCUGAAGAGGAUCGAGGGAAGGCACGGGGCGAGCGUCGUUGCUGUCUUCAACUUUCUGCGUGACAUGAUUCAGCUGAACCUCCUGUUGCUUCUCCUGUUGAUCGGCGGUAUCGUCAUCCCGUCAAGCUACUGGGUCAGUGACGAUGGCAGCGCCCAGGGGUUCUCGUGGAGCCUUAACGGCACAAGGGAUUUGUGCGCCGGGAUACAGCUAGACUCGGACAAGCAGACGUAUGACUGUAACACAAACUACACGGUCAAGAUACAACAGGAAGUAAAUAGGAGCUCACAUGAUUUCAUCAGCCUAGUGGGCGACUUUCUUCAGGGAACAGGCUUCCUCGAGUGGACCUACCUUUUCAGUGGCAGAUACCCGGCUGCCAUAGAAAGUGAGAGCUACCUUGUGAGCCUGGCCUACAUCCUCACGAUACUCGUGGUCUAUUUCAUCUCCAUCGUUUACGUGGUCUAUUUCGUUGCCAAGUUUCUGCGUCAGUCCUCUAUCUCCCAGACAGACUACGGCAUGACCUUCUCAAAGAUCGUCUUCACUGGCUGGGACUUCACGGUGAGCGAGGAAGACGCCGCAGAAAUCGAAAGGAAUCUCGUAGUGUGCGAAGUAAGGACAGCCUUUGAUGACGUCGACUACAGGAGUCAGAAAAUGAGUCUCACGAGCAGAGAUUUAAUCAAACUCUACCUAACCCGCUUUAUUAUCAAUGUGGUAACCCUUUCACUGAUCAUUGGCGGUUGGGUCGCAAUAUAUUUCAUGGUUAUUGAACAACAAAAUCAUGUGACUGGCACUGAAUUUGAAAAGUUUUUGUGGGAAUAUGCCCCAACUAUUCUGGUGUCGGUUUUCAAUUUUGUCUAUCCUCUUCUUUUUGACUUCGUGGUAAAAUUCGAACAUUACACCGGGAGACACGAACUUUUACUUACACUCGGUCGGUGCGUGUUAGUGCGGCUCACGUCAUUGGGCAUCCUCGUUAUUACUACCCUAAGUGUCAUAUCCGCCGGGGACCGAAACUGCGAAAUAGAAAACGAAUACAUUUGCUGGGAGACGCGCAUGGGGCAGCAGGUCUACUCCGUGUUGGUGCUCAACGCCAUCAUUGAUUUCGGCAUGACCUUCGUCGUUAAUGUGGCUCGGCGGGGACUCUGGAGGUUCGAUAACAAGAUCUGCAAAACGGUCGGGCGACUAGAGUUCUAUGUGCCCGGACACGUUCUGGAUGUCGUGUACGCACAGACGCUAUGUUGGAUUGGGAUUAUCUACGCGCCCCUGCUAGCUGGUGCUACUCUGAUCAAUUUCUGCUUCAUGUUCCUCCUGAAGCUGUUCACCGUCACCGUGACCUGCUUUCCGGCAAACAGAGUGUUCCGGGCCUCACGCUCCUCGGCCAUGUUUAUGACUAUUCUCUCUCUCGCCCUCCUCAUGUGCGUCGUGUCCACCGGCUUGGCUCUGCUGCUCAUCAAGCCGUCGCUGGCUUGCUCGCCCUUCAGAGGUCUCGACUACGCCUGGGAAGCCUUGACCCACUACGUCUGUCAUUUGGAAAGCUCGUCUGACAGUUGGAUCAGGGUUGUGCUGUUCACGCUGGACGACAUUGUUACAGCAGUGGUUCUUCUAGUCGUGGUGGUUCUCCUGGCAACUUAUUAUAUAUCUCUCGUUAAAGCUCGAGGCUCUCUUAUUAGAAGGCUCGAAGACAAACUCAAGGUUACAACCAAAGAGAAAAACUACCUUAUGAAACAAUACAAUCGUGUAUCACCUAGUGGCACAAGGAAUUAGUCUGUGUAUCAAGUCUGUGUUUCAGAAUUUUGCAGAUAACUUGCAUUUUCAAAGAUUAUGGGGCCUUUAUCAACUCCAAGAUGGAGUUGGCAAGCUAUGAACAUACUCAAGUGGAUUCUAUCUGACUUCUCCAAUUUGUGUUUCAUAUCACUGAUAAUAAUCAUCGAACAAAUUGGCCAUUUAUCCUAAACCUUCUUCCAAUAACUCUCAGCAAAAAAUAUUAGAGAUCAGUUGGCUGGUUCUAUCUCUCCAGUGAACUCUUUGACGCUCAUAUUUCCUAAAAAUACUGUUCUGAAUCUGUGUGUAUAUUUGAGCAAAAUAUAUAGAAAUGAAGUCACUAGUCACGUUAUUAACUGAAGUUCAGUUAAACCUAUUUUAGAAACGCUUAUGUCCAUUUAACAAUGUUUUAUUCUUUAAAAAUAAACAUGCUUUUCAUAUGUAAAUCAGAUCAAUUUUUUGUUUCUCGAUUUUUGAGAGAAAAAAAUCUGUUGCGUCAACACCCUUAACAGCUGUGUUUAUCAUUAUUAUUCUCGAAACUAACAAAAGCACAUACACAAACAAUAGCCUCUGGUAAGCACAGCCUAUAACACUUUCUAAACCAGUUGAAAGUGGUCAUAACUGUUUUCUUCACCGAUUAUCUAUGUCACACUAUACCUUUUAUUGAUAUUUACUUAGUUCGAAACU